CCUACCUUUUUCUCUUUUCUCUUUAUUCUUCUUGUUCUUUGUCCCUUACGGUACAAUUAAGGACCUUUUUUUUGUUAUUAAUUGAAGAUAAUUUCCGCCAACUAAAAGAUAUUUCCGCCGCCUUUUUUUUUUGCUUGGAUAAUCCACACCUGCUCCCAAUCAGUGCGUGUUUCCUUCUCCACAUGAUCUCGGCGAUUUGUAGGCUGCAUCGUUCUUCGGUCGCUCUUUCGUUCAUCCACCACCACAGCUUCACGCCCCUCUACCGUCUUACGUCUCGCUUCUAGACUCUUGCUAUCGUCUUUUAUAUCUGAGACUUAUCACGACCCCGCCAGGAAUGUCCUACUAUCCCCCUUACUCGGGAGCUCCCGGCUACCCCCCGCAGCAGCAAUAUCAAUAUCCGCCGCCCAACUACGGCGCCCCUCCUCAACCCAUGCAUCAUCAACAGUCGUCGUACGGCGGCGGCUAUCCCGGUCAGGCCUAUCGCCAGCAACAACCUAGCAACGCAUAUGGAUAUGGCCAACCAUCUCCUCAACCAUACGGCUCGCACAACGGUUAUAACGUAUGUUAACUACGAUGACGUCCGGCGUUUCCACUCCUUUUCUUUCAUCUUCUUUUAUUCAUAUAUUCUUCUUUUGUGAAUGUAAAUGGUUGACAUGGUUCUUUAGAGCCCACAGCAGAAUUACGGCCCUCCCGGCGGAGGCCAUAUGUAUCAACAACAACAACAGCAACAACAA